AUGUCGACUCCCAGUUCAUCUGGUUCCAUCGCAAAGAAAGGGGAGCUUUGUGAUUGUCGACUCCCGAAAGCAUGUAAGAAGUGUAAGCAUUGGGAAUGGAUUGAUGAACCUGUGACUGGGAAUCAGGAUUUAGAACAAGAACUUGAAGCAGUUAAAGAGGAUGUUGCAUGUUUGAAGAAAGAAGUUCAAGAGCUGAAGAAUAAAGCACAUAGUUAUAGGGUUGAAAUCAGUUGUAAUAUUAUCUGA